UCAAAAUGGCGGAGAACACCACAAAAUAUUAUUGUAAUUACUGCCAAGAAGAUAUCCGCGGGAUACGGGUAAAAUGCGCCGAAUGCAGCGAUUUCGACCUUUGUUUACAGUGUUUUUCCGGUGGUGCAGAAAUGGGACAUCAUAAAAAGGACCACAAAUACCAAUUAAUAGUCUUGCAUUCAAAGGAUAAUGGGAACUUUUCGAUAUUUAAUGAAGAUUGGACGGCACAUGAAGAACUUUUAUUAUUAGAUGGCAUAGAGCAAUAUGGAUUCGGCAGUUGGGCGGAUAUUGCUGAUCAUAUAGGAACCAAAUCACCACCGGAAGCAAUGGAACAUUAUGAAUUAAUGUAUCAAAUAGGCAAUAUAGGAAAAGCAACUAUUCCAUCAAAUCUUAAUUCCAAAGUUAUAGAUCAUACAACACCACUUGACGGCCCUUUGUCACCGUCGUUAACAACACCAUUUACACCAGUAGAAAUGACUUUAGCAGAACAACACGAAUUAGGGUAUAUGCCAUUUAGAGAUGAUUUUGAGAGGGAAUAUGAUAAUGAUGCUGAGACUUUAGUUAGUAAUUUAACAGUAGACGUAAAUGAUGAAGAGCUAGAUUCUAUGUUAAAAUUAACACAUGUUGAUAUGUUCACCAAAAAAUUGAUGGAAAGAGAAAGGCGGAAACGGAUAGCUAGAGAAUAUGGUUUAAUUACAGCUGCCAUUUCUACAGCGGCUACAACGAAAAAAGUACCAACUAAAAAAAGAAUUCCCAGAGAGGGAAAGGAGUUCCGUGAAAAAAUGAAAUCCUUAGCCCAGUUUAUGUCUGCAGGUGAACAAGAUCAGUUCUUUGAAAAUUUACAAAGAGAAAAACAACUAAGGUUGAGAAUAAAGGAACUGAUGAGGUACAGGCGACAUGGUAUUACAAAAUUACCAGAAUGUUCAGAAUUUGAAAGUGCAAGGCAUAAAAGAGAGAAGAGGAAAGAAAACAAAAAGAAAAUGGCUGCCUCAGCAACCAAGAGAGGGGUUAAGGAAGAAAAGACGAAAGAGGAUAAAGUGAAUGACCUGAAUGACUUUCAGGACAUGAAGUACUCACAGGGUUUUAAUUACUUAUCAGAAAAAGAGAAAAAGGUAACUAUGCAAAUCAAUGGGCAUGAAACCUGCUCGUUACGUUACAAUCAAGACAAUUGUGGUUAAGGAUCACUUGACGAGAAGACAAGGUAUUUCAACCAAAUCACGCUAUCCAAGCAACCUUGAUAAAGCUCACAGAAAGCGAAUAAUAAACUUCCUUACUGACACUGGUUGGAUUUCUUCCAGCUGAAAAACUUAAAACAUUCCUGGCAUAACAGUACUCUCAGGAAAACUGCCAGCCUGAUCUUUUCCAUUUUAACACUUUGAAGCAGUAUUUUUUUAAACUAAGUGCGCAGACAGACAUUUGUUGACGAUGGAAUAAUCCAGAGCCAUGUGUAAAUGCUGAAUGAAGAAACUUAUAUAGCAGUUCAAGUCCAUGCCAUGAAUUAUUCAAUCCUGUCAAUUCGCACCAAAUAAACACUUCAAUAUUGAAGAAACAGCAUACUCAAGAGUACAUACUAAUAAGCUGCCAUUGUAUAAACUCUGAUGAUAAGAGAUUUAUUUUUUUCUAUUCAUAUUUUAUUCUAGAGAACUGGUUUGUUUUCACACAGUUCACCCAAAUACGAUUUGUAAUCCUGUGUAAAGCUCUUGUGGCUUAUUUUAG